ACCUGUCGACGCGGCUCAGUACAAACAGACGCACGAGACCCGGACACGGACACCGUUAUUUGUUAGCUACGAGGACUACAUUGAAUUCACGCUUUUGAUUCACCAUUUUUUAAUAAGAUACUGAAAUAUGUUUUCUUUAAGGACCCUGCGACUACCGAAUAUUGGAUUUAUUGCUUUACUGUCGAAAGAUGUUGUAAAACGUAGCUUGAAGAGUCCGAAUCUAGUCAGGAGUCCGUUAAGUUUAUUUUCGCGGGUUAACGUGAGCAGCAAGUUUACUGAACCUGCAUCCACGGAUCAACCUAAAUCAAAAGCAAAUAUGACGAAUAAGGAUCUCUUCUCUGGACUGGAGGACAUGCUCUUCUACACAAUAACUGAAGGAGCGGAAAAAGUUCCCGUGUCUCAUUUCAUUGCUGCUUUGAAAAGCACUGGAUUGCUGACUUCUGACCCAAGAUUACGUGACUGUAUGGAAAAAAUUCGCAGAGCAGUCCGAGAUUCGACUGGUGAAGUCAUGAUGGACCGUGAGCUAUUCCGAAAAUGUGCAAGUGGCAACAUAGUUCUCCUGAGUCUCGCUUUCAGACGAAAGUUCAUCAUUCCUGAAUUUGAGGCAUUUAUGGCCAUCAUCAAUCACAUUUACUACACAUCAAAACAGCAACAAGAUGGACAGGUUGCGAAAUACAUUCCCCAUCUAACCAAGUUCAGUCCUGAUCUUUGGGGAGUCUCAUUGUGCACAGUGGAUGGACAAAGGCACUCGGUGGGAGACACAAAAGUGCCGUUCUGCUUGCAGUCGUGUGUGAAACCGCUGGAAUACGCCAUCGCUGUACAUGAACACGGGACGGAGCAUGUGCAUCAGUAUGUGGGAAAGGAGCCCAGCGGAUUCAAAUUCAACAAACUCUCCCUGGAUGAAGAAGAUAAACCUCACAAUCCCAUGGUCAAUGCUGGAGCGAUUGUCAUCAGUUCACUUAUCAAGCCAGGCGUCAACAAGGCAGAGAAGUUUGACUAUGUAAUGGACUUUGUAAAGAAGAUGACAGGCAGUGAGUACGUGGGCUUCAGCAAUGCAACGUUCCAGUCAGAAAAGGAGACAGGAGACAGAAACUAUGCAAUAGGAUACUACCUAAAAGAGAAAAAGUGUUUUCCUGAUGGAGUGGAAAUGAUCGACGCGCUGGAUUUUUAUUUCCAGUUGUGCGCCAUAGAGGUCACGUGUGAGUCGGGCAGCAUAAUGGCCGCCACAUUAGCGAAUGGAGGAAUUUGUCCAAUCACAGGAGAGAGAGUUUUGAGCACAGAAGCUGUUCGAAACACACUCAGCCUCAUGCACUCCUGCGGGAUGUACGACUACUCGGGACAGUUCGCUUUCCAUGUUGGAUUACCUGCUAAAUCUGGUGUGUCGGGUGCAGUUCUUCUGGUGGUGCCGAAUGUUAUGGGUGUCAUGUGUUGGUCGCCCCCUGUGGACAAAGUCGGGAACAGUGUCCGUGGAAUCCGCUUCUGUCAGGAACUGGUGUCUUUGUUCAACUUCCACAAUUACGACAAUCUGAGGCAUUUUCUAAGGAAGCAAGACCCUCGCAGGCAGUCUGGUGAUGACAGAAACAAGUCGGUGGUGAUUCUGAUGUUUGCGGCCCACAGUGGAGAUGUUUCAGCUCUAAGGAGGUUUGCCCUGUCAUCAAUGAAUAUGGAGUUGAGGGACUAUGACUCUCGUACACCUCUUCACGUAGCUGCUGCUGAAGGUCACGUGGAUGUUGUGCUAUUUCUGACGCAGGCCUGCAAAGUCAACCCUUUUGUGAAAGACCGGUGGGGAAAUAUUCCUCGAGAUGAUGCCAUGCAGUUCGGCCAAAAGGAUGUGGUGAAGAUCCUGGAGGAGUAUGAGCAGACCUACAGCCCACAAACCUCUCAGACUGACACAGUAGAUCUUAGUCAGCCAUCCAAAUGCUCAUCUCUGGGGUGUAAUCUGCUGUGAAUUUAUCAAACCAAUGAACUUGUUGAUUUCAUGGA